GUUCAGUCGGUUUCAGUUCUGUUAGAGAGAAGCAGCAAUUACACGUUCACAAGACGUUGAACGCGAAGACACAAAAAAUUAUAGAGCCAAAGCAAGCAGCAUUAUGUCGAACUUGAAGCGUUUCGAUGAUGAAGAGCGUGAGUCCAAAUAUGGACGUGUCUUCGCUGUCUCGGGUCCUGUCGUCACCGCUGAGGCCAUGUCUGGCUCUGCUAUGUACGAGUUGGUCCGUGUCGGUUACUAUGAGCUAGUGGGUGAAAUCAUUCGUCUGGAAGGUGACAUGGCCACCAUUCAGGUAUACGAAGAAACUUCCGGUGUCACUGUCGGCGAUCCCGUGUUGCGUACUGGUAAACCUCUAUCCGUUGAAUUGGGUCCCGGUAUUAUGGGCAGCAUUUUUGAUGGUAUCCAGCGUCCAUUGAAGGACAUUAACGAGCUCACCAACUCCAUCUACAUCCCCAAGGGUGUGAAUGUGCCAAGUUUGUCCCGUGUUGCCAGCUGGGAAUUCAAUCCCUUGAACGUUAAAGUUGGCUCUCACAUCACCGGAGGUGAUCUGUACGGUUUGGUGCAUGAGAACACUUUGGUUAAGCACAAAAUGAUCGUGAAUCCCCGUGCCAAGGGUACUGUGCGUUAUAUUGCCCCAUCCGGCAACUACAAAGUCGAUGAUGUUGUGCUGGAAACAGAAUUCGAUGGUGAGAUCACCAAGCACACUAUGUUGCAAGUGUGGCCUGUGCGUCAACCCCGUCCCGUCACCGAGAAAUUGCCCGCCAAUCAUCCCCUGUUGACCGGUCAGCGUGUCUUGGAUUCCCUCUUCCCUUGUGUCCAGGGUGGUACCACUGCCAUUCCCGGUGCCUUCGGUUGCGGCAAGACUGUGAUCUCACAGGCUCUGUCCAAGUACUCCAAUUCUGAUGUUAUUAUCUAUGUUGGUUGUGGUGAGCGUGGUAACGAGAUGUCUGAAGUAUUGCGUGAUUUCCCCGAAUUGUCUGUUGAGAUCGAUGGCGUUACCGAAUCUAUUAUGAAGCGUACCGCUCUGGUAGCCAAUACCUCUAACAUGCCUGUGGCUGCUCGUGAGGCUUCCAUUUACACUGGUAUUACCUUGUCCGAAUACUUCCGUGAUAUGGGUUACAACGUAUCUAUGAUGGCUGAUUCCACAUCUCGUUGGGCUGAGGCUUUGCGUGAAAUUUCUGGUCGUUUGGCUGAGAUGCCUGCCGAUUCCGGUUAUCCUGCCUACUUGGGUGCUCGUCUUGCCUCCUUCUACGAGCGUGCCGGUCGUGUCAAGUGUUUGGGUAACCCUGAACGUGAGGGCUCCGUGUCCAUUGUCGGAGCUGUAUCGCCACCUGGUGGUGAUUUCUCUGAUCCCGUCACUUCUGCCACUCUUGGUAUUGUCCAGGUGUUCUGGGGUUUGGACAAGAAAUUGGCCCAGCGCAAACAUUUCCCCUCCAUUAACUGGCUCAUCUCGUACUCCAAGUAUAUGCGUGCUCUAGAUGAUUUCUAUGACAAGAACUUCCCCGAAUUUGUGCCACUGCGUACCAAGGUCAAGGAGAUCCUCCAGGAGGAAGAAGAUCUUUCCGAAAUCGUGCAAUUGGUCGGUAAAGCUUCGCUGGCCGAAACCGAUAAGAUCACUCUGGAGGUCGCCAAGUUGCUGAAGGAUGAUUUCUUGCAACAGAACUCCUACUCGUCAUACGAUCGUUUCUGCCCCUUCUACAAGACCGUCGGCAUGCUGAAGAACAUUAUCGAUUUCUACGAUCUGGCCCGUCACUCUGUGGAAUCCACAGCUCAAUCUGAGAACAAGAUCACCUGGAAUGUCAUUCGUGAGGCUAUGGGCAACAUUAUGUACCAGCUGUCGUCCAUGAAAUUCAAGGACCCCGUCAAGGAUGGUGAGGCCAAGAUCAAGGCUGACUUUGAGCAGUUGCACGAAGAUUUGCAGCAAGCCUUCAGAAAUCUGGAGGACUAGAUCGCAUUUGGUCUUACGUUUACAAUCUAAUCUUAUAUUUGUUAUUUAGUUAACUUUUACAAAAACAAGAAAAAAAGCAAAAAGAAAGUCAACAAAAAUGUGCGUACAGUUCCGUCAAAAAAACAAAAAUCAAAACUCCGUGCAAUUCAUAUUUGUUCAACAUUCCUGGAAACAUUCCGGCCUGCGGUUGAUACUUUUUUUAUUCAAACAAUAUUUUGCCAACGACAACUAACUAAAGUCCUUCCAUAAUGUACUUUUCGCUUGCCCCCAACUUUGGAAGGGGCCAAGCCAGCGCACAAAAGACACCUUCACCCACAAAAGGCAAAGGACCACCCACAAACACACACAGACUACACACAUACACCCACACAAAUACAAAUGCAUGCAUAAAUAGUAUUAUUGUUUAAUGAAUGAAAA